AUGAACAUCUUUCGUCGAUCUAUGAGCUUCGGCUCCUCACACUCAUCACGCCCUUCGACCAUCGACUCGGCAUCCGAUACCGCAAGCUCUAGAACGAGUAUAGAUUCCACCUUUGAAGAGUACGAGAUUACAGACUCCCUGGCUACAAUCAAACCCUUACCACCGUCGUCGAAAGCUCCAGUACUUACUCUCCCACUCGAGCUGAUCCAACAAGUCAACACCUAUCUCGACACUGCCUCCGCAGCAGCCUUCUGUCUAUCCGGGCGAUACAUCUACUACGCUCUCGGCACCGAAGUUCUGUCUCGCCAUGUCAAGGGAAGCAAGAACCGAUUUGAGAAGAGGAAGAUUAUCGAGGCGGUAGUAGAGCGCGCCUUUCCCGGUCAUUGGUUCUGCGGCUGGUGUGACAAAUUCCAUGCCUGGGCCGCAGAAGACGGGCCAAAGAACCAGCAAUAUUCAAGAAAGAGAAGAGAUUGUGCCGACUACAACAGCUACUUGGACGCUGGAGACGGUUAUAAACUACGCUUUCAUCACGUUCGACUUGCCAUCAACCGCGCGUCACGGGGAGACGAACACGGCAUUGCCCUAUCUGCGUUUACCCAUGAGAAGAAAGACAUGGCACGCAUCUCCAGAACGCCUGUACCGACUAAACUCACUGUAUCCGCCAGGAUAGUCAACGGGCGAUUCCUGUUACACAGUUCCUAUGCCAUCGUAUUACCCGCCUUCACGACGCGUAAUCGCAACCUCCUAAAGUCGCUCUGGCCUCUCCUUCCACAUAUUGUCACAGGCCACCGCGACACUCCAAACGGCCACACAGGUAUCAUGGCCGCCAUCGACAAUGUCAUCCGCCGAGGCUGGAAGUACCAGUUCACGCAGAACUGCUCCACUUGUGCGACGGAUUGGAGCGUGACCAGCCAAGACUUCCCGCAUGCUACAGGCGGACAGGUCAGGCUGGUGGUGCAGAGUUGGCGGGAUCUGGGUACGGGAAGGACGCCGUUCGAGACAGGGUGGAGAGCGCAUGGCGUAGGAAGCUGUGCUGAGGGUAGUGGGGCCAACACUUGUCUCGUGAGACUUACCAGCCGACCUGCGGGAUCUGUCAGACUUGCGUUUGAGGCUGCGGAGGUGGAAGAUGGGUCGAAAGAGGCUACUCACCCUGGGGUUGUGGCGGCUAGCAGCGCACCCAAGUCUCGCAUCUAUCGGUCCUUCAUGAGGAGGAAUACUUCUGAAGAAGGACCCGAUGAGAUCAGACGGUCCAGUGCAAGACCGAGGUAUUGGCGGACGAGAGAAGAGAACGAAGCAGUGGCUCGGAAGUAUGCUGAAGACACACGAGAUCAUGCGAGAGAUGUUGCUGAAGAGUUGAUUCGGUUAGAUGCUCGUCAUGGGCAUGGACUUUUCUAG